AUGUCUCAAUCCUCGGGCACGGAUCGUGAGAUGUCGAGUGAUCUUACCCCACCUGCACAAUCGAACGGCACAGCACCAACAAGCAACGGUGCCAAUGGCACUCACUCAGAACCACGCCCGUCGACGAAAAAGAGGCCAAGCACCGACACGAUAGACUAUCCGCGGCGACGCGCGACCAUAGCUUGCAGGCUUUGCACAGAGCUGAACGCAGAAUGCAUCUACCGUGAGCCAGGCAUCAAACUGGAUGCAGGCGACAAGUUGAUUCUGGAGCAUCUUAACCGCAUCGAGGGCCUCUUGCAAACAAGCAUCACGAGUGGAUUUUCCCUGUCCUCGCAUUCGCCGGCUGUAAGCAACACCACGAGCGAGGAUUUCCUGGCGCGAAGCUCCGGCACUAUUCCCCACUUGGGCAUGGUCCAGCCCAUCAACGGCAUCGGCACGUGGACUAACCAUCCCUCGAACAUCUCCACGAUGCCGAAGACGCACAACACCGCGGCCUUGAAUCUGCUCGCCUCGCCGAUGAUUCGGGAAUUGGUGUCUCGUCAAUACGAUGCGAAGAUCCUUCUCCAGCUAGAAAUGACGCGGGAACCUGUUAGUUUUAGCAGCUCGCGAGGUCUCGAUCUGUCGAACACGGGGACCUAUGUCCAAGCGUACUUUGAAAGAGUGAACGUUUUCUAUGCAUGCGUUAAUCCGUAUACAUGGAGCAAUCAUUACCAAACCGCGCUGGCGCAUGGAUUUCGUGACGGGCCCGAAAGCUGCAUUGUUCUGCUGGUGUUGGCCCUUGGACAUGCUGGUAGUACCGGAAGCAUAACACAGCAAAACCCCGAGAAAGAGCCUCCAGGCCUAGCAUACUUCGCUGCUGCAUGGUCGCUUCUGCCUACUGUGAUGACGAGGAACAAUAUGGUUGCAGCGCAGUGUCAAAUCUUGGCCGCGGCAUACUUGGUCUAUCUAGUGCGACCAGUAGAAGCAUGGAACGUGUUAUCAGGCGCCAGCAUGAAAUUACAAUUGCUGCUGAGUGCACCUGGAAGGGUAUCUCCAGCGGAAGAGGAGCUGGGCAAACGUGUCUACUGGAAUGCUGUCAUGAUCGAGAGUGACCUAUUGGCCGAGCUCGAUCUUCCACACUCGGGUAUUGCACAAUUCGAAGAAGGCUUCUCAUUACCAACCGGUUUUGAAGACCUGGGAAUGGAGGUAGUGGGCCGUGACGAGCUGUGGUAUUUUCUUGCAGAGAUUGCACUACGAAGAUUGCUCAACCGAGUCAGCUCUAUGCUCUACAUUCGGACCACGCCGUAUUCAAAGGGACCAGCUGCCACAUCGGUAGCACAACUAGACCCACUGGUCGUUGAGCUUGACUAUCAGCUGAACCAGUGGUAUGCCGGACUGCCACAGGCAAUGCAGUUCCCCCUAGACAGGGUCCCGUUACAAAAUCCUGUGCAGACUGUCUUAAGACUACGGUACUUUGCCUGCCGCACGAUUAUAUUCCGCCCAUACGUACUCCUUGUCCUACAAGACGAGACCCUGGCCCUCGACUCCAGUGUGCAAGACAACUGCCACAAAUGCUUGGAGGCAUGCCGCAUCAUGCAGGACAUCUCCCUUACCUGUUCCAAGGUGCUCUGUCCAUCGCUGUCGCAACUGCUUCCACCACCAUCUACAAUGGACGACAUCAUCAACAACGUCGUUCUCGAGAUGGAACGAUACGCCCACCUCGCACCAAGCCUGCGUCUUUCGGCCGAGAUAAUUCGAGAGGCCGAGGGAAAGCGCCAGAUGUGGCUACGCACAGCUGGACUGAAGUUUGAACCAUGA